CCAACAUCCGUCGAUUUGACGCUCGUGUGACUCUGGUUCGCUCUGGCCUAAGUUGGCAAUCCUGAAGCGUCCUAUAGCAAAAAAUUUGAAAUUUAACGGACAAAGAGUGAUCCAAGGAGGCACAAGAGAAUUGAUCGCUCUCAAUACAGUCGAAUCAUUUCGCUAAUAACUUAAAUAAAAUGGCAGAGUUUAAGACACCAACGUCGAAAAGGUACAAAAGUAGGCUUCAGGACAAUUCAGAAUUACAAACGACCAUUAAAAUACCAGCCUCGCCUUUUCUAGAACAGAUAGGUUAUGGAUGCGGUGUUAGCGUGUUUUGUUUGGAACGAUCGCCGAAAGUGGGUUUCGUUCGAUCACCAUGGGCGAUAAAGAAGAGGAAUCGCAGAGUUCAAGAAGAUAAAAAAUACAAUGAACGUAUUCGAUUCGAGGCAGAAGUGCUACGUAAGUUAAAUCAUCCGAACAUUGUUGGUUUUCGAGGAUUUACCGAAGUUCCAAACGGCGAACGGAUCGAUCCAUGUUUGGCAAUGGAGAAACUAGACGCUUCUCUAGGUGAUAAGAUAGAAGAGAAACUCGAAGCUGGUGAUGACCAAUUUCCAGCUAAAGACAUUUUAAAAAUAACAUACGAAAUUGUUAAAGGAUUAAAAUAUUUGCAUCACACUGCUCAUAUUUUGCACGGUGAUAUGAAGAGUUAUAAUGUAUUGGUUUCUGACGACUACAGUAGGGUUAAACUGUGUGAUUUUGGAGUAUCUGUACCUCUCACAGAAUCUCUUGAAAUGGAUACGACCAAGGGGGACUUUCAGUAUGUGGGAACAGAAUGUUGGAGUGCUCCCGAAAUAAUACAUGAUGGCGAACCAGUUACAAAUAAGGCAGAUAUUUGGGCAUGCGGACUGGUAGUCUGGGAAAUGAUAGCUUUGUCAACACCUCAUAUGGAAAAUUUUGAAAAAGAUGACAGCUACUCCGAUGAUUCAAUGCUGGACACUGACAUGGAAAAUAGUGCAAAGGCUACAAAACCUAGUGGAGAUAUGGAUGACAGUAUUGUCUUUCUUGAAGAAAUCAUAAAGUGUAAAUAUGGUACACGUCCUCCAUUACCUGCUAUUCAACUUGGAAAAGAAUAUGAUAAGAUUCUUGAACUAUUUUUUGCUUGCACUGCCCUGGAUUAUAAAGUUAGACCUAGUGCAAUAGGUCUUGUUAGGUACUUCGAAAAUUACAUAUACAAAGGCAAUGCAUGAUGAGCAUCAUGUGUGAAAGGCAACAUGUUGCAGUUAUUAUAAGUAUUACAUUACUAUGAUAAACAGAUUAACGUUUGUGUACAGAUAUCUUUUAUUCUUCUGACGAUAUUGCAACGGCUGUAAUUUUUACUUUUAUACUAUUUACAAAAAAAUAAAUAUCAGUAACAAAAUGAUAA